UAGCUGCUAUCACCCCUCAACUCCCCACGAAUUCAGGGUCCAACGUGGAGGGGCAUCGAUGCUGUGCCAAAGAAACGCGCAAUCCAGAUGUUCUCGUGGGCUAGACUACGCCUGUGGCGUGCCUUUUCGAGCUUUGUGGGGAGAUUUGUUAAACUAUUACAUCUGCAUGUGUCACCUAUUUCGUCUAACCAGUUGAUCGCACCUCUAGGUCGCGAUCGCAACCACCGUCAAGACGUUUUCCAACCUUCUCAACUCCGUCCACAAUCCCCAUCGAGGAGGUCGCUGCUCCCCCGCCGGUGGUGCAGCGGACUCACCCAAAUCUCCAUAAAGGGCCAUAUUGAAUUCGUUUGAUACCCUAAUAACGCCCAUUAUACAUCUCAUUAUGGCGCCGCACGCCGA